CAGCCCGUACAAUCAGGAACGGUUGCUGCUCACUUUUACCGGCGUCUGUAGCGGAGCAGCGUUAGCGACCCAUGAGGACGAGGUGUUCCGAGUUAGCAGCGGUUAAACAUCGACACGUCUGAUUAUUCCAGCCGACAUGUUGUGUCUCAGCGGGUUGUCGGUGGCUCUGGCGCUGGUUCUGGUGCCCGGUCCAACUGAAGCCCUGAAAGACGGAGACUGUGAAGUGUGUCUGACCUUCCUCGGGAAGUUUUAUCAGUCGCUAGAGGAGAACCAGGUAAAGUUCAACAGCGACGACAUCGAGAAGGCCCUCAUAAAGACCUGCAAAGAUGCUAAAGGGAAAGAAAACCGCUUUUGUUACUACAUCGGGGCGACGAGUGACGCAGCCACCAAGAUGAUCAACGAGGUGUCGAAGCCUCUCAGCUACCACUUCCCCGUGGAGAAGAUCUGUGAGAAGCUCAAGAAGAAGGACAGUCAGAUCUGUGAACUGAAAUACGACAAACAGCUCGAUCUGACCACAGUGGACCUGAAAAAGCUUAAAGUGAAGGACCUGAAGAAGAUCCUGGAGGAGUGGGGCGAGUCCUGCAAAGGCUGCGCCGAAAAGUCUGACUUCAUCCGCAAAAUCACAGAGCUCAUGCCCAAGUACGCCCCGGCAGCAGCCAGAGCACGGACAGAUCUGUAACGAGGGGCGAAAACACAUAAAACACAACUUUGGAGGACGACCAGGAGAGUAGAGGAGGAGGAGAGUUUUGUCUGACAUGUUUGUCACGGUCUUUAGAGCGUGGACACUGAUUUGGUAAUCCCACCCUGAUUCAGAAGUAUAGAUGUUCGUGGGCUGAAGUUCUCAGCUAUACUUUUAAAUCACAUGUCGGGGGACGAGCAGAGUUUGAGCCGGGGAGGAAUUCAUCAGGAGCACUGAUUUUAAAGAGGACAUUUGAGCUUUAGAGGAGUUUUUCUGCUCGUGUAGUCGAUACAUUUCACAGUACGUUGGCUUAAUAAGUGACUUCUGGUUAUAUUCUCCAACAGUUAGUCCAUCAAUGCAUUUUAAUGGAGAGGAGAGCGCCUGAGUGACUCUUUAGUCGCCGAGCAGAGAGCAGCUGUGUUCGAUGCAGGAUGACAGCACAUGUUUUGUUGGUCACUGUAAAUCCUGCUGUUCACAAACCGAUCACAUCUCCAGCCUCUGCAGACACCACCUGAUAAGAUCAUAAUGCCAAGAUGCAUCCUGGGAAUUCAUCAUGUUUGAACAAUGUGUUUACUGUCGACUUCACCCUGAUUUCCAUGACGUCCUGUUGAGGAGGAUGAGUGAACGCCGAUGUUGAAGGAAAACUGCUCCGUCUAAAAACAAUCCUGACAUUCCCACAUUUGUUAAAGGUGAAAAGUUAAAGUUAAGUUAUUAUCUUCAUAUUAAUUUCGAAGUCAACAAAAUAUUUCAGGAGCUUCACAGCAAGUUGGUGUUUCAGAGAUUUGUUUUAAAACAGAAAAGAAAAGAAAAACAUGAAAUGGCUCCAAACGGCUCGUCUGCUGUGAUCCAAGUCUCCAAAACCCUCGAGAUGCUAAAUUGAUUUGAAAAAAACAUUAUUUACACCCUUUUUUAAAAUUGAAAUCUUCACUGUAGCCGCGACGCUUAAAGCGCUAACGUGCACCCUGUCUCGACCGCAUGUCAGGUGUAAAUAACAUCUUUAUAAUUCAGUUUGGGAUCGAGCUUUAUGGAGCCAUUUUAUCUUUUUGGUUUUUUUUAUGUUUUAAACGUGUCUGCAGCUCCUUUGCAGGAGUUUUCAGUCUGUAUCGGCCCUGAAUGAAUCCCUUUCCAAUGUAAUCCAGGACAAAAUGCACAUUCCUGCAAUUUAAAGUUCAUCUGAAGUUAAGAUGCACCUUCAGUACUCUGAGUUUGUCGGAUCAGGUGGUCAUCUUCCAAAGACCUUUCAUUAUGAAAUUCACCCUUUUUCUGACUAACUACUCUUGAGUAGAUCAUUUAUAUUUAUAGCAGCUGGCAGCAUGAGAUUGAGGCGAUUACAUUAGAAAGGUAUAUUUUAAUGGCUGUAUGAAGAGCAGGAAUGAUCACAGCAACCAGAAAUGUUUGUUGAUGCCCAUGUGGGUGCGUCAGGAUUGUGUUGAGAUCGAAUGAGAAGACUGUGAAGCUAUUAAAAGUCGUGACCUCCCUCCUGCUCACACAUCCUCUGUCCUCUAAACCUUCAACUGAAUCCUUUUAUUUAAAUUCACAAAGUCAGCAAAGUCUACCAUAUUCCAACGCAGUCAAACAAACAGCAGUUAUUAAAAAACUGAAAUUAACUGAUUGUUUUUGUUCUCACUCAUGUUACAUUCAGGCUUUUUGUAGAACAGCAGUGGCCAGUAAUCCACAAGAAGUCUGAUUUUAUGGAACUGGCUCUAAAUACUCAAUUCAAAACGAGAACUCAGAGGACAUGGAGUACGUGUGACUGUACGGUUUAAAGUACAAAAACCUUUCAGACUUCAAACUUUUCACAUUUUUUUUUAUGUUUCAGACUUCUUAAAAUGGAAUUCAUGUUUGUUUUUUUUCUCAAUCCACAGACAACAUGCCGUAAAAAACAGGAUCUGGAGUUUUCUGGUUAGGAUUGUUAGGACCAUAUUUCAGAAAAUAUGCAUUAUAGAAGCUGAUUGAAUUGUGCCAUGAAUUACACGCUUAUUGAUUUUAAAGGCAAGAAAGUCACGUUUAGAUUUUUGUGAAACGUCGUCCCGCCUCAACACCAACAUGGCCGUCACAUCACAUAAAAAGUCUUAUACUUUGACAGUUUUGAGACAAACUACGACUUUCUCAAGCUGAAAAACUGUCUUUUCAAAUUGACAUGUGUAAUAUAUGGAACAACUAUUUCUGUCUAUGUAUUUUUCUGAGUUAAGGUCUGUGGGGAUCCACUGAGACGACAGGGAGGGACUUCACCUCUCUGACGUCUCAGUCGGUGUUGGAGUGAAAGACAAGCGAUGCAGUCAAGAGAAUCGUCCAGGUUUUAAGAAGGAAGCUUGGAAUAAAACAGGCGACGUCUCUGGCUUUUCAAAACCUGCUGGCUACAUUACCCACAAUGCAACUUGGUCAAUACGCGAUAUCACUGGAGAUAGUUUAUCCAAAUAUUCGUACUUCCUGUAAACACACUUAAAGUUUUUCAUUUUGUUGACUUUCCUGCAACAGCAACUGUGAAACAAAACAAACCGUGAUCAGACUGAUGAGGAAACAUGUAAUCCAUUUUAAGACGAGUCUGGACCAAAUGUGGAAAACGCAAGUGUCCAUGUGCUUCGAAUGUUAAAGUAUAUUUCGCUGGUCUUUGACUCAAGGAGGUUCAGAAAUCCUCCUUCUGUCAGAAGGAUAAAAAAAUAUUUAGGUAAAAUAUUUAUUGAGGGUUUUUUAAAAAAGGAUUUACCUCUUUUCAUUUCUAAUAGGUGAUUCCACACUUGGGUUUGGGUUUUUUUUGUUGUUGUUGUUGGUCCGACUGAACAUCCAGAUGGUUUCUGUAGUGCUGCUGUCCGUGUCGUGAACCUUGUGACUCAUGAAAUAUGCCUUCCAUGCAGCGCCAGGAUCGCUCGCAUUGUAAUCCAAUCAGGAGUAUAAAUUAAAAGUUGAAUGUGGGGAACUGAAAAUGUUUGAUCCCCACACCUGUGUCAGAACACAGCCAGAACAUGUUCCUGAACACGGAGGGGAGAAACUGUUCUCCCCCCGUCCCCAGACUGUUGUGUUUUUCAGAAGGGAUCCACAUUUUAUUGUUUGAUGUAAACAAACAGUGUCUACUUAUAAUAUUAAGAAACGGUUUUGUGAUGCUUGAUAAGACUUGAUGGGAAAUGAAAACUUAAAAUAUGCUGUUGUUUCACAUUGACCUUUCAUGUACAGCCCCAGGCAUUUGUUACAACUGUACUAUUCUACUUUUUCAUUAAAAUCUGAAAAAAGUUCA